GAUAUUAAAUAAACUCCACAAAGUAACUGUCAUCUGGAGUCACUUACAUGCCCCUAUGCUGUAGUCUAGGACGAAGAACUACACUCACCUCUCCACAAACCCAUUGGUCUGCUCUCCCCAGCCAUCAGGGCCGUCACUGUGGUAACGGCGUCUGGCUGUGGCUCGCGACGGUUUCAUUGUUGUGGGCAAGGGGGAUGUGGUGCUUGCGCCCGGCGUUGCCUGGAGUCACAGUAGCAAAAUGGGCCUCCCCUUGUUGCCCCUCCUCCUCUGCCCCUCGCCCCCCGCCCACAAAGCCAAGGACAUCCCUUCCUGGUGGAUGUGGGGGCAACGGGGGUCGGAUGUCGCAUCCAGAACUUUGCAGUGUCCCCUGAGGGACUCGUGGCAGAACCGGCCCCGAGUUCAUCGGAUUCCGCAGCUGCCUUCAGGAGACUGGUUGAACAGAGGACAAGAUCGGAGUGAGAGGCUCUUAGAAGUGGAGACUUCCUGUUUGUCAGUUUACAAGAACCUGGACAAUGGCUUAUUUCAGGAAGAUGGAUGUCAUCAAUGUCACUGCCUUGCCAGUGGUACCAGUGGAUGAGCCCCUGGCGUUCUCACUCAUUGCACAGAACGCAAGGCAGAAUGCCAUGAGGAAGAGUCUGGAAGACAGUCCACCCUCGUGCCUUAUUGGCUCCAUCUGCCAGGUGAACCAGAAGAUUACAGAAAUAGGUCUGAGUCCCAAUGCAUUGGACAACAGCCUGGCAAUUGAGAGAUUUGAGUUGGAGAAGAUAGCUUCAAAAGAGAAAAGUCGCGGCAGCUCGGGAGACAGAGACAAAAGUCAAAGAAAACCAAAGCACAUUUGCAACGGCUCAGAAUCUAGGAAUGUCAAAUCUUUCCUCAUGAAAAGGAAAACAGCAGAUAAAAAUCUGCUGGCAGAGCUGUACAAGUGCCCAGAGUUCAACAGCUCUAGGCCAAGCAAGCUUCCCAAUGGGGUAGACUUCUGUGACAUGGUUGACAAUGUGGUUCAGUCUGAAAGAAGUCCCCUUAGUGGCAAGUCUUUCUGUUCAGAGAGAGAAUUAGAGAAGUUUCUCUCUUCUCCUUCUCUAACAGCCAUAUGGCUGGAUAGCUUCUGGUGGAUCUUUCAUGAAAGGUACCAGCCAAACAGGGAGGUUCAGAAUAAGCUGUUUGACCGGAUAUCCCAAAACUACGCCUUUCUUUUGUUCCGUGAAUCCAGGUCCAACUAUGAAGAGGCUAUUUUAAAGAGGUUGCCAUCACUUCUGAGUAAAGCCCUGUACACCAGCUUCUGUUGCUGCUUCCCACAGUCCUGGUUCAACACACACGAAUUCAAGUCUGACAUCUGUAACACAGUGAGCCUGUGGAUUUCAGGUAUAUAUCCUUGCCCACAGAGUUAUAACAGCUGGGACUACUCGAAACUGGAUCCAGAGAGAUUCCAGAGACAAGAAUUAAUGAUGCAGAGAAGAAGACUGAUCAAAGGGGAUUAUUGUCAGACUUCAAUCUUGAAGAAAACUACACAUCAAGUCAAGUGUAUAUCAAAAGCAAGAAGAUAUGAGAAUAUAUUUCCUAAGGAGUCUCACCCUGCCUGCAAAAUCCCUGAGAUAACAUCAAACCUCUUCAACAUUUAUGGGAAAAGCCCUCUGAUUGUGUACUUCCUCCAUAACUAUGUCACUCUGCGGCAGCAUGGCCAGGAUGUGUUGAUAGUCAGGAGGGAAAAAACCACGUCCAUCCCUGAGAGCAGCCUGACCUAUGCUGAUGUCAUCAACCUGACCCUGAACCACAUGAAGAAGCGGAGGGACAUCCUCAGGCAGUUGAACCGGCUCCACGGGAAUGAAUGGAAAUAUUUUAAUGAGUACCUGAAAGAACUGCAAGACAACUUCCUCAGAGAGGUGAAGAUUAUCGACCAGAGAGAAAUAGAUAGAAAAAAGGCCAACCACAUGGUCAUUCAACCUUCAGCCUUCACUGAGGAAUCCCCUGAAAAGAAAUCUAGAGAAACCCAUCAGAGGGAGAUGCUUCUUUUAAGGAAGGAAGAGGAGAAGGAAGGGAGACAGGAUUUGAACUAUUCUCCCUUGUCACUUUCAAGCUCUGAUGAACUCUCUUCCCCAGGACAAGAAAGCUCCUAUGAAGUCUUUGAUAUUUCUAAUUCCAGAGAGGUCACCAAGAAGUCAACGUACAAAAAGAAAGUAUUCUUCCUUAGCCUCUCGCCUUCCAGCUCACCUGAAUGAAUCCUUGUCCAAGAAU